GACGAGAAAUAGAGAGAAACCGAGAGGAAAUACCUGGAUCGACGAAAGGCAGGCGGCUAGCUUCUCACCGGCACAUCCUUGGGCGCCGGCAGCUCUGCACCUCGCCCUCGGUCCCUCCCUUCCAGCCGCCGGCAGCUCUGCUCCUCCGCCCCCCUUCCGGCUGCCGGCGCAUCCGCAUCCCAGCUGCUCCUCGGCGUCUCCCCACGCGACGCGUCAGAUCUGGCCGCCUCUGUGUCUCUCCUGCUGGCUCCACGUGUCUGCGUCUCCCUCCGGCUGCUGGAUUUACUCGUCGCCGCCCAAGACCAAGCAGAUAGCACAAUGGCGAGUCCACCUUCCAUUGCCAGCGAAUAUGAUCCCAAGAAUGAUCCAGCAAGGAAACCACAAAAGUCAAAGGAUCCAGGGUGGAAGUAUGCCUACUGGCCAAACCUUCAGAACAAAGAUGAGGUUAAAUGCACAUUAUCAGUUCGUGGAGGGAUAAAAAGGUUGAAGCAACAUUUGGCAGGUGGUUAUGGAGAUGCAGUGCUUUGUGAGAGUAAAGAGUUGACCACUGAAAUUAGGAAGGAGAUGAGUGCUUACUUGGAAGCAAACAAGAGAAAAAGGCCAUUAUUCCUAGAAGAAGAUGAUGAUGGAGAAUCAAAAGUGGUGGAGGUGACAGCUGAACAGGCUUCUGAAAAUCGAUCCAGCAGCCAAAAGGAGGCAAGCAACAACAAGACUAAAGCAGCUAACACUAAGUCUAUUGCUGAGAUGGUUAGAAAAACACCAGAAGAGAUGGUAGAUGAGAGACUUGCAGGGUCUUAUCAGCCCACAAUUCAGUCCAAGGUAAAAAGCAAGGAGGAAAAGGACUAUGUGGAUAUGCAGUGGGCUUUGUUCUUCUAUGAGUGUGGCGUACCUUUUAAUGCAGCAGCUGCAAGACAAUUUCAGAUUGCAAUUGAGGCCACAGCACAAUAUGGUUCAAGGUACAUGCCUCCAACACCUCAUCAACUUGGGGAGCCAUUGCUUCAAAAGUGAAGUUAACAAGUAACAUAAGGGAGGAACAUGAUAGGGCAUGUAAACACUAUGGCUGCACACUCAUGUCGGAUGGAUGGUCUGAUAGGAGGGGACGCGACUUGAUUAACUUCCUAGUGAACAACCUAGAGGGGACUUACUUCUUGGAGUCCGUUGAUGCAUCAAGUGAAGUGCAUAGUGCAAACAUGCUUGCUGAUUUGCUGGAGAAAAAAAAUUGAGGAGAUUGGGAAAGACAAGGUUGUUCAAGUUGUCAUCGAUAAUGGGGCCAACUUCAAGGCAGCGGGGAAGCUUUUAAUGGAGAGGAUUCCUACAAUAUUUUGGAGUCCAUGUGCUGCACAUUGCUUGGAUCUCAUGUUGGAAGACAUAGGGAACUCGAAGGAGUUCAAGAAACCUAUUUUGCGGGCAAGACGUGUGACAACUUUUAUCUAUCGGCAUGGGAGAGUUCUUUAUGAGAUGAGGAAGAGGACAGGUGGGCUUGAUCUUGUGACAUUGCUUUAUCUAUCACCCGUUUCGCAACUGCCUUUCUUACUUUGAAAAGUUUGUACAAGCAUAAGGAGGCUUUGAAGAACUUAUUUGUAAGUUCAGAAUGGACUGGAAAUAAAUUGGCAAGAACCAUAGCAGGUCUACUUGUGCAUGACACUGUGCUCUCUACAAAGUUUUGGAAUUCAGUGAAAGAUUGCUUAAGAGCUUCAGCCCCACUCCUUAUUGUGCUUAGGGUGGUUGAUGGAGAUGAGAGGCCUGCAAUGCCGGAAGUUCAAGCAUUGAUGAAUCAUGCAAAGGAGAAGAUCAGUUCAAGCUUUGCCAUCCAAUCCAAGAAGUCUUUGCUGAAGAGAAUCAUGGCCAUGAUUGAGUGCCGCUGGGAGAAACAAAUGGAUCAUCCACUAUAUGGGGCUGCAUUGUAUUUGAAUCCAGGGAAGUUACAUCCUCUCAUAAGAGAUGAUGCUGAUGCAGUUGUUGGACAGUUAAGAGGUUGCUUUCUUGAUGUGCUUGCAAGAAUGGUGGAGGACGAGGAAACUAGACUCAAAAUCAAUGCUCAAGCCAUGAAUUAUGAAUAUCUUAGAGGAGAUGAUUUUUCAAAUAAAAUGGCUAAAGAAAACCUUAAGUCAAUGGGCCCUUUUGAUUGGUGGCGUUCGUAUGGAGGUCGUGCUAUUGAGCUACAGAGGUUUGCUAGGCGUGUGGUUAGUCUUUGUGCUUCAUCAUCUGGUUGUGAGAGGAAUUGGAGCACCUUUGAAUUUAUUCACACAAAGAAAAGGAACCGAUUGCUGCAUAAGAGGUUGAAUUCAAUUGCCUUUGUUUCCUACAAUAGGAAGAUGAAAUCUAGAUUCCAAAAAUUACGUCUGAAUAGGAAAAUAGGAAUAAGAAAGAAAAAGACAAGGUGGCAUUUGAUCCUUUGGUUAUUGAGGAGUUUGAUUGGGACAAUGAAUGGGCCUCACUGCAUGUGGCCCCUCAAGGUGCUCGUGGGUGUGAGUGUGACCUUACUUGGAAUCUUGUUUAUGAAGCCAUUGGAGCAUCUCAAUCACUUCAUGGUAGAUGUUUUCCAAGAGCAGGCCGCGGCAACCGUGCUAGAAAUUCUACAAUAGAUGUGGUUCAGAAAGAGCUAGUUGGGUUCAGAAAAUGAAGAGGAGGAAGAAUAUCAAGAUCCAUAUGAUGAUACAGAUGUGACAGAUUGUGAGGAAGAUCCCAAUCCUAAUGGUGGUGGUGGUGGUGGAGAAGCCACAGAGACAUCCAAUAUCCUUGGAGAGUUUGAUGAUGGCUAUUAACAAAUGAGAGAUUCAGAUUUUCUUUUGCUAGUUUAUAUAUGUUGUGUGUUAGCAGCAGCACUAAUCAAGUUAUGCCUUUAGGGCUACUAAUGUUAUGCCAUUAGACUAUUCUACUAGACUACUACUAUAUGCUGUGCACAAGUACUCUAGUAACACCACUUAUUAUGCUUAUUAUAAUCUAGAUGCUAUUGGCAAUAUUAUGUUUGGA